CGGCGCGCGGGCGAGGGGGUGCGGACGUUCGCGCCGGGAGGGGCGGGGGCGGCGGACGCGUGCGCGCGGGCGAGAGACGCGGCGAGGCGGGACGAUUGGACAUCGGCGCGACGCGAGGCUCGACGGGUGAUCUGGGCGUGCGCGAAACAGUUGGAGGCUGGGAACUGGCCGGAUGAUGGGUUUCUGGACGCGCACACGCUCGCGCACGGGGUGGUCGUUUUAGCCGAGCUUAAGGGCGGAGAGGACGACGCGGGCGACGAAGAGUUCUUCACGGAUGAUCCCACGGUGAGCGCGGCGUGUAGAGACGCGGGUUGGGAUCGUCGCACGCGGUUAGGUAGGAUCGCGCUGGACCUUCUCGCGGCGUCGACGUUGUACUCUCCAGACCGAGUCCCUGAGUGGUGCGCGGACGCGGUGGCGCUCGUCGAGCGCGCUUUUUCGCGAGGCGAGAGCGCGGAUGCAACCGGCGAGAAACCGCCGUUGGAAAGCGUGAUACCGAGCGCGCUUCCAGAACGAGGUGUUCCAACGCUCGAGCCCGGGCGUGCGAUCGCCGUGGAGCAAGCGAGCGAGUUAUCGACGACUCGGUUCUAUACCGAUUACAUAGCCAAGGAGCGACCGUGUGUCAUCAAAGGACAUAUCGGCGCCGACGGAGAGGACUGGAAACUCAUGGAUGACUUCAAAACGCUCGAUUUGUUUGAAACGUACGCCGAGACGAUCGUGCCGGUGGAGUACGGCACCGCAUUCGAAAGUCACGGCACCGGCGUGACCACUCUUGGAGCGUUUGCUCGCGACUUUUUGGUGCCGUCCAACGACGCUCAUGACGGAUUACCCCCGAGCGAAAAAGUCGCGUACAUCUCGCAGCAUCCGAUAUUCAAUCAAAUACCCGCGAUGCAGGACUCGUUUACGAUUUCUCCAUACUGCUUGGGACGUAUUCGCACCGAGACGUCAGCCAUAAACGCUUGGUUGGGAACCGCAGGGACGAAGACGGCGAUACAUCGAGACCCCUAUCUCAACCUCCUCUGUCAGAUCGCCGGACACAAGUACAUCCGAAUAUACGAUGAUGCACAGACCAAAUACUUGUACUGCGACGACACGGACGUUCUCCGGGCCGGUAACCGGAACACGUUCACGCGCUCGCCGGUCAAUCCUGAGAGCGCAGCCGACGCGCGAGAGUAUCCGCUCGCCUCGCACGCCGAGUAUCUGGAGACCAUCCUCGCCCCGGGUGACGUUUUAUUCAUGCCCAAGAAUCACUGGCACUACGUUCGCUCCCUCACGACGUCCGUGUCCGUCAAUUUCUGGUUUUAG